AUGCAGGAGGGGGCGCUGACAGGUCGGAGGACUCCGAGGCUGGAAGACUCUCUAGAGGAAGAGGCAGAAACCGUCUACUACAACGUAAAAGCAAGCAUACGACAAAUCGAGACAUGGAAGGACGUGAAGAGAGGUUACAUGUCACUGUCAUGGUACAUUUGCUUCGUUCUCAUCUUCGUAGGAAUCUUAGCGAUGCAGAUGGACAUAGGACGAGCUUACUUGGUUGACUACUCCCUUAGAGAAGUGUUGGUUGGACAGUCUGAUAAGUUGGACGGAAUUCGCUCCAUAAAUCAAUUGUGGGAUUACAUCAUUGGGACAGAUCCAGUGACAGACACAGGCCUCGUGGGCAAGACGUUUGAGGAGAACUGGUAUAAUGGACAAGCGUACGAUCCUAACGAGCUUGGGUUCGUUCUCGAGUACAACAAGAUAGUUGGGGGAGUCCUCUUGGUACAACAGCGAGGAGUUAUCAGCAACUGCACCAAGGAGAGCGUUUACUCUAUCUUGUACCCAAACUGCUACGACUGGGCUGUCGACAAGUCUCCUUUCGGACCUCUGGGUGCUGAUGGGUUGCCGUCGUACAAUUAUUCGUCGCAAUGGGGCGGGCAUGGAGUGUUCUUGAAACUCUCAGACGGUCGGGAUGUGAACGUGGGCAUUGUCAACGAUCUCAAGGCAAACCUCUGGAUAGACAAGCAGACUCGCGCGCUGCACGUGAAGUUCGCGGUGUACAACGGAAACCUCGAACUCUUCACCUACAUGGACUUGAAGUUUACUUUCGGUCAAGGCGGUGGCCUCAAACGUCCUCACAGCCUCAAGAUUCAAUCAGUCCCUCUUGAGCUUUAUACUCGUCCUAUUGACUUGUUCAGGCUUACACUGGAGAUGGUGUUCAUCGCCAUCGUAGGCUUCCAGUUUGGGACAGAGGUGAACGAACUCUUGGAAUGUAUCGCGAAAGGAAGACCGUUGGAAUAUUUCUUGGACUUCUGGAAUAUCUUGGACAUUUUGAAUAUCGCCCUCUUCUCGGUGGGUAUUGUGUGGAGAGUUCAGUAUGUCUCUCUCGUCAGUGCAAACCCUUUAGAAGUUCCUACUGAUGAAUACAAGCUGUUAAUUGAAGAAUCGGCACAGCUACAGGGAACUCAGGUAUCAAUCAAUUCGUUCAACAUCUUGAUAUGUAUCUUCCGACUUUUCAAAUUUUAUGAGUUCCAGGACAGGUUGAACAUCCUGACCCGAACUUUUGGGCAUGCAUGGACGGAUUUGUAUCAUUUCCUAAUCAUGUUUCUGGUGAUUUUCUUUGGAUAUUCCUUUCUCAGCCACGUUAUCUGGGGUCCACACCUUUACGCGUACAACACCUUCGGGCUGGCGAUUCAGACCCAAUGGGAGAUGAUCUUGGGCAACUAUGACUAUCAGGCCUUGAAGAAGAUCGCUCCAGAUUUCGCCGCCAUCUUGUUCUGGUCCUUUAUCUUCUUCGUUGCGAUCGUCUGCCUCAAUGUCUUGCUUGCUAUCUUGAUUGAGGCUUUUGGAACUGCUUCGGAGCCGGAAGAUCAGGACAUCCCCCCCAACAGCGUUGGCGAGCAGCUCACUGUAGCAGCAUAUCGGCUCCUGUCCAACGGACCCGGAGAUCCAUCUGAGAAGGACCUAACUGACGAGAUGCUCGCCAGAGUUCUUAGACAUUUCGCUUCAGAUGGUAUCAAGAUCGUCACGGAGAGUGACAUUGCCGCUCGUUUGGACUAUGGCAUGCAGGGUCAACUCCAAAGAAAGCUACCCAUCCUGAAAGUUGCAGACAGCGCGAUGGUCGAACGCGAGAAGGGGAUCGCUGACUCAGUGAAUUUGGAAAUGAAUCGAAAGAAGCAGGAACUUCUACGACGAUCUACAGCUUUGCUGCACGAGAAUACCAGGCUCAAGGAGAGGAUCGUGCAGCUUGAGCAGCUGUCAAAACCUACACAAGAUGUUUUGGAUGGGAGGAAGAUAUAA